AUGUCUAAUUUCAAUAUACACCCACAGGUUUACCCUAUACCUACACCAUUGCCUUCGGUCCACUCUCGCAGCAAUGCUCUGCUCCCCAUAUCUCGCCUUCCAACCGAGAUUCUCGCGAUCGUCUUCGAAUACUUUGAAGAAGAGAAGCGUUUCGAUGAAUCUGCGGACAAUGAUGUCCCUGCUUGUCUAGCAGUCACACAUGUCUGCGGGUAUUUGGCGCAACGUCGCCCUCGAGUGCCCCGCUCUUUGGAGAUUCAUCCGUUCUUCGUCUCCUUAUUGGGCAGACAUCAUGCUUGA